AUGAGUGAAUAUUUACAUGAACAUACGGUAACACCUAGAACGAAAGAGGAAAAAGAUAAAGUGAUCAAUAGACUUAAACGUAUUGAGGGUCAAGUGCGUGGUAUUCAAAGUAUGGUUGAAGAAGAUAGAUAUUGUGUGGAUAUAUUAGUACAAAUUAGUGCAAUACAGUCUGCUUUGAAAAAUGUUGGACUUGCGGUAACGGAAAGACAUGUUAAACAUUGUGUGACGGAUGCUAUUCAAAAUGGUGAAGGUGAAGAAAUGAUUGAUGAAUUGAUGAGUGUACUUAAACAAUUUUCUAAGUAA